AUGAUGUUCACAUCGUUACAUCUACCAUUGCUUACGGAAGAUUUGCAUAAUGAAUGCACUGAAAGGCAACUAAAAAUAUCAGAAAUUCUGAAUGCAUUUGGUACGAUAAGUACAACAAUUUCGGAAGGUUUCUGGCUUGUUACUUCGUCGGAGGAUACAUCGUCAAUUUUCGAUCGAAUGCAGGAAAUGAGAACUGAGUUAAUGACAUAUGCAUCCAAAGUACAAGAAAGUAUCGGGGAAGCAGAUCGUUUGUGUGCGGAAGGCGCCGAAUUUCUCACACCGGAUCAAUUUCAUAGUCUUAAAGAGCAUCGGAAUAAACUUGAAACAAACUACAAUCAACUUCUGCAGCAUACCGAUGUCAUUUUACCAAGAUUAAAUGCCUUGACAAAACUGCUGCUGGAAUUUUCAAAUGAGUCGAGCUUGCUGCAUUCAUUUCUGAAUGAAAAAGCCAGAGAAUUGACAAUUAUCAGAGCGGAAAGUGGUGACCCACAAGUACUUCAAGGGUCACGCCAAAAAGUUAAAGGAAUAUUGGAUGAAGUGAUAACCGCAAAAGAACGUUUGAGAGACAUCUGUGCGCUUUCUGUACGUAUACAAUCCGAAAUUGACGGUUAUGUGAUUGAAAUGCGUUUACAGUAUCCCAGUGCUCAGUUCCCGUCUAUAGAUGCGCAUGAAUUGACUGGUACGAUCUCUAGAUUACAGGCUGAUUACGAUAUCUUACUUCGAAAUUGCCAUGAGUUAUCCGCAUAUUUGAGUCAACUGAAGUCGUUGGCAACGGCGUAUACACAAAAUGCAGAAACUCUAAACGAGUCAAUCACAAAUUUAGAACGGGAAAUUUCUGAGACAGAAAGCAUUUUGCGUAAUACUGAUACUAUAGAUGAUGGCUCCCUUAUGUCUCAACUAUUAUCCGAACUGGAAACACUGCAGCAUGCCUCAUUCGAACAGACAGGCAAGAUUGAAACGGUUAUGCGAUCCGCUCUGGAUCUUAGCAAUGCACUUGCUGGCACCGAUGCUCAUGAACGUAUCUCUAGUGAAAAUCAGCGUUAUAUCGACGAACUUGCACGAAGACAAAUUCGUGCUCAAAAAAGGAUUGAAGAAAACAUUGAUUCAUGGCGUAGUAAAUUAACAAAAACGAAUGGAAUCCGUGAAGGCAUGAUGAAUGUAAUGAGCUGGCUAGAUGAAGAAAACAAACGAUAUUCGGAACCUGUUUCACUACCUCUCUAUGUAGACAAACUAAUUGAAUUGCGGCAUCAGAAUGAAUUGCGUCAGCGUGAAAUUUCGUCACGUCAAAAAGUUCUUAUAGAAUUGCAAGCGGAUGCUCAAAAAAUAGCAGCAGCUAAUCCGGAUUCAGUAGCCAGUCGACAGAUCCUGAGUGACUGCAGCGAUGCUCAGAGGAAGUUUGCAACGUUAUUUGCGAUUUCGAAGGUUUAUGCUAAUAAUAUCACGGAACUGUGCACAGCUCUGACUGAUUUCAAUGAUUUGGAAGCGUCGAUCAACAAGAAAUUAUUAUUGUUGAAUGAGAAGCAAUCCAACGCGUCGCUGACAGAUAUAAAUGGAUUAAGUGAAAUUUCCAAUGAACUGAAACAGUUAGCGCAGGGAGAAUGGAAAGAAAUGGAAAGCAAAUGCAAGUGGAUUCUUACCGUGCCUAACGUAAUCGAAGACAAUUGUUUGGAGAAAAAUGUUUCUCACAUCGAUAAUACGAUCAGAAAAUGUAUUUCACGGAUUGAGGAGCUUAUCAGUCGUGGGCAUGAAAUUGGAAAACUAUGUCAAACAUCUAAUGAACUGAAAAACAAACUUAGUGCAAAUCUAGAAGAUUUGGAAACAAGAGCUCGAGUUUUGGAAGAGUGUUCGUUGAAUCCGGUAGAUUUGGCUAAACAACGUUCAACAUGCCAGCAAUUACAAACGGAAUGUCAGCAUUGUCGCUCCGAAUUUGAAACACUAAGUGACACUGUUUCGAAAUUGGUUGAAAUUGAAACCAUUGCCAGUAUGAAGAUGAAGGGAUGUGUUGGACAGUCGAAACAAGUUCAGGAAGCACUGCGUGAAAUGUCUUCUCUGCAGCAAAGAUAUUCUUCUUUGGGCUGUUUUCUUCAACUAAAGAAUGAAAAGAUCAUUAGAGAUAUAGAAAAAUUGUCGGAUUGGGAUUUGCAGCGAGACAGUCUUGCCCGUUGGAUCAGUAACGAAAACAAACGAUUGAACACGGACUGUCCUGUAACACUUGUUAACGAUGUUGUUCGUACAAAUAUUGCAAAAGCAAAACGACUGGAAGAAGUUCUUGUCAUAGAGAAACAAUUAGAAAUGGAAGAAAUUCGAAGUAAGGCGCGUUUGUUAACAAGUGAACCGUCUAUCCCUGGAACUUCCGAUAUAAUAAACUCUCAAAAGGCGCUUGAAACUGACUGGGGAAAACUGAACCAAGCGGCAAAAACUUUAAAGGAGUGGAAUGAAAGCGUAACAAGUCUUGAUAAAUGGCUGACACAAAAGGAACGGAUGAUAUCGGUCAUUGGAACUAUUAAUAUUGAUCCUAAAGUUAUAGACAAUCAGCUUAUACAAAUUAAGUUGCUUCGAGGUGAACUGGAGGAUCAUGGUGCAGCCCGAAAUAAAGUAAACGAAUUGGCACAUAAUUUGGUGGCCAGAAGUGCAACUCCAGUAAGCGCACAGCAAAUUGUCAUGGAGAUGGACACAUUAAAUCGCCGAUGGAUUUCAUUUCAUGAUGAAUUGGAGAAAAAGAAAGUAACUCUUCAAAAAGUCAAAGAACUUGGAUCAAAAUUUUCUAUCAAGCAGCGAGAUGUGAAAAUGCAAUUGAUCAGUGUCGCAGAAGCAAUAGAACAAAUAAGUCGUUCACCGCUAACGUCUAAAAACGAUGUUGAUGAUCAAUUAAAAAUUUUGAAUGCAUCAAGUACACGAUCAUCCGAAAUAAAUUCACAGUUAGAAGAAUUGAAAGAGCUUGUAAAUUUAAUCUGCGAAAUCUCACAAGAUCACAGCUUACAAACGGAUGUACGAGAGCAGCUAAAUACAACGGUGCAAACUGCCCAGGAACUGAAUAAGAAAAUAGAAAGUAUGAAAGUAGCGGCAGCAAAUGCAAAGGAUGAAGAAGGUCAAACAAUGAUGGAAGCCGAAGCAGCAGUAAAAUGGGUAAAAGAUAUGCAGGAGCAGCUUUCUGAUUUGGGUCCUUUAUCAGUGAAUUCUAUAGAGCUCGAUGAACAACGAGCAGCAAUUGAGAAAAUUUACGGUGCCGUGUUGGAUAUGGAGGGUGGUAUUACCCUGAUAAGAGCAAAACUAAUGGAUCAAAUAAAAAAAGCACCAAAUUCGAAGCAAAAAACAACGCUUGAUAUUCUAUCUGCUGUUUGGAAUCCACUGUUGGAGAAAAUUAAAACAAAGCAUGCAAAUGCUGAGCGAGCUUUUGAUCUCGUAAAUCAGUUGGAUACUUUGCUGAAAUCUUUAACGAUGCAAGAUAAUGAUAUAACUGAGUUAGCUGCUAUGAAGCAGGAAAUUGGUAAACAUGAACUUGAACUUGCUAUGUUGGAAACUCUGCUAAGCAAAUUGGAAGUGAUCACAACUGGACCAUCAUUGAAAAAGCUUGGUAGGGAAGUGGAAAACGUAACUGGAGAUUUGAGGACAUUACUGAAAGAUAUCAAAAAUGUUUGGCAGAAAGUGCAAAUAUCGAAGGAUAUCCAGAAACAAUUUUCAAGAAGAAGAGAGGAAGCGCAAAGUCUGUUAGACGCAGCGAAAGAAACAGCUGAAAGUUUGAAAAGAGAUGAUAACAUUCCAUCAAUUACAAGAGAAGUUUUGUUGAAAACAGUUAAUGACCUUGAGAACAGCUGGCACAAGAAAGAACGAGAAUUACUUGCGGCUUUGAAAGAUAUCGAAGGAAUUGUUACACGUGAAGAAGCUGAAAAUCUCCAUGAGGAUGUGCGUAAAAUGGGUGACGAAUAUGUUCAAGUGGUAAUGAUUAUCCAAGGUUUACAUUGUAAUAUGAAAAUGAGGGACGAAAUGUUGGAUGCCGUGAAACAAAAGAUCAGUUUACUAACUUCUGAGAUCCGGAGUAUAAAUAAAGAUUCUUUGUCACCGAUCGAACGCAAUAUUGUGGCAUUGGAACAACAGAAUAGGGCUUGUGAUGAAUUACUGAAAAGUACUGCUGAAAAAGAAAAGGUUUUGGACGAGUUGGCGUUGGAAUGGCAGCAACUUUGGAGCACCACGAUCACUCAGACAACACAGAAAAAUGCAGUGAUGCAACAAAUAAAUGAAAUCAGAGAAGAUCUAAACAAACAACGUGCUGCCAUCACGCAGCGGAAACGUGUUAUUGGGAACAUGCUUUUGGCUGUGCAAGAAUUUGUUUGCAAAGCAGAAGCGUUAAGGGAUGAAAUUGAAAAGCUUGCAACUGAUAAUACAUUAAAAGAACCUGUUCAAACUGAACUAAAUCUUCUGCGAACGCAACAGGAGAAACUGAGAAUCUUCCUUGAUAAAUUACGGCCUACUAACCAGAACUAUGCUGCAGUUCUGGAAAGUUAUGAUAAGCUUAUAAAAAGUGCCGAUGAAGGAGUCUCUACAACAACACUGGAAGAGGAGAAGAAUAAGCUUACUAGUGUUUGGAAUUCUUUAAACAAGCAGAUAGCAGAUCGUGAGCAACAAGUUUGCGUUUCACUGCAAGAACUUGGAAGUUACACUGAUGCGCAUAAUGCACUUCUUGUGUGGUUACAAGACACCGAAGAGUCACUCCAGAACCAACGGCCGCCUUCUAUCGAAUACAAAGUCGUUAAAGAGCAAACUCGAGCUAAUGAUAUUUUACUAAAACAUAUUGAAGAAAAACAACAAAGUAUUGAUGGUUUCAAAACAUUGAUUGAUAAAGUUGUGGGACUUAUAACAGAUGUUACGAAACGUGAAAUACUGAAAGAGCAAUCAAACAAUAUCACACAAAGGUCAACAACUAUUCAGUGUUUUCAAUUAAAGUUAAUUUGUCCGAAUAUUUUGCAAAACAAGCAGGCUAUUUUAAAAUGUCUGAUUUACGUUUAUGAACUGAAGUCGAUCUCUGUACUUAGGUACGUUGCACUGGUCGGAAACGCCCAAGAUCGACGUAGUUACUUGCAUGAUGCUAUUGUUCUAACCAAAGAUUGGGCGCAGUUGUCGGGACCAUUUAAAACGUGGCUUGAAACAACCGAGCGUGCAUUGCAAGAACUUGGACAAGUACCAACCGAUGAAGAAAAAUUUCAACAACAAAUUAACUCACAUCAGAAACUGCAAGAAAAUAUCGAAAUGAAGCACACCGAUGUGGAGAAGAUGAUGCAGAUAUGUCCCCUUCUUACUGCUUUAGCGUCUGAUGAAGAAGCUAUUGAAUUGGAGACACUGUUUAAAAGCUAUAUGAUACGGUAUGAAAACUUGGGUACGCGAGCUGCUGAAUGCGGAGUCUUACUACAACAGAUUGGUGAAGAAAUAACAAACUUUUUACAACGCACGCACAUGCUAGCGGAUUGGUUGGAUAAGAUCGAGAAUGAUAUGGACAAGUUAGACACGGUUUCGGUCUAUCCAGAAGAAUUGAGGGAGCAAAGUGCUUUGCUUGCCGAUCUGGCGAUGGAAAUAGCGAAUCAGGAAUCCCUGAUCUCGACGGUUGUUGAAGAUGGUCAUGAAUUAUGUAGACAAACAACUGGCGAUGAAGCAAUUGCUCUCCAAAAUCGUGUAGAAACAUUACGUACACGCUAUCUUGAUUUAACUGCUCUGACGGAUGCUAAAAUUGCUAUCUUGAGUGAAGCCUUACCACUAUCAGAGAAAUUCCAUGAUGAUUGCGAUAUUGUACAGCAGUGGAUGGAUGCUGUAGAACAAGAUUUACAAACUGUUGAUCAGACCCCAAUUGAAACUCAAGCUACGAUACUAGCUCAAAUGGAAGAUGAUUUGGCAAAAUGGCGUUCUGAUAUUGAGGAGAUUAGCGAUAUCUCAAAACAACUCCAGAAUCUAGUUCCUUUUAAAGUACAUGGGUUGGAAAUACAAAACGAUGACUUGACUCGCAGAUUUAAUCACCUUGCUGAGCAGAUUACGCGUAAAGGUGAUAAACUAAUGUCAGUCGAGAAGCAAAGUCGACAGGUUUUGGAUGAAUUAGACUUUCUUAAUGAAUGGUUUGCUGAUGCUCAUGAACGUUUAUCACAGAGUGCAGCACCUGAAGUAGAUCCAGAUUAUGUCAAAAAGCAGCUCAAAAAUCAAAAACAAAUGAACGAAGAUAUUACGGUAAUGAAAGCACGACUGCGAGAUACAGUUGCAGAUGCACAUAGAGUUGUUCGUGUUUUGGGUGGUGAAGCCAGUGGUCAAGAUUUAUUGAUCGAGAGCAAAAUUGAGACUGGACGAAACCUUUCGGCUAAUGUAGCCCAGUUGGGUGGCGAAAGGUUGGCUAAAUUGGAGCAGGCGCUGGCAUUAUGUCUUGAAAUCGACCAGUCAUUUGGUGAAUUGCAUUCCUGGUUAGAAAGUAUGGAAAACGAGAUUGAAAAUUGUCCACCUGUUACAACAGGACACCAACGAGAUCAGUUGAUGCAACAGCAAGCCCACAAUACUAAGCUACAGCAUUCAAUCAUAUCACACAAAUCGUUGAUGGAUCGUUUUCACAAAAAUGUCAGUGCUUUGAGCCAAUUAUGUGGUUCAGAAGAUGAAGUGCAGCUUCAGAAAAUAGCUGAAGGCUUGGAUGAGCGAUUCUUCGCUGCCCGAGAUACUAUUCGUCAACGAGCUGAGGCACUUGAAACCGCAAUUGAGCAGAGCAGUCAGUUCACAGACAGAUUGGAUGUUGUUCUGGCAAAUCUAGAUGGUGCUGCCAUGCAAAUCCGAAAUCCGGAACCAAUACAAUCCGAUCCAGAACGUAUCAAAUCACAAAUUAUUGAUAAUCUUUCUUUGAUGGAACAACUUAAACAUAAAGAAGGCGUACUGAGAUCAGUGAAGGAAAAUGCCUACGAGAUUCUAAUGCAUGCAAAACCAAGCGAUACUGGAGCUGCAGAAAUAAGCAUUAAAAUCAAAGAACUUGAAUCGUUGUGGGAAGAACUAAUGAAAGAUGUUACGACAAGGAAAAAUCUUUUGGAAGAUACGCUAGCUAAAGCGGAACGGUUUUGGUGCGAAUUAAAUUCUUAUCAAAAGGCGAUUAAUGAAUUGCGUUUGCGCAUUGAAGGAAUACAACCUGCGCUUGGAGAUCCAACGACUAUUGAGCAGCAGCAAAACAUCCUCUUAGCAAUUAAAAAUGAAAUGCAACAAAUCAAACCCGAAAUUAUGGGUAAAUUGCGUUGCGCUGGACAUGAUCUUUGUGGUGUAAUUGCCGAGGAAGAAAAGGCUCAUAUAGAACAGCAAAUGAAUGAAGUUGAAGGAGGCUGGGUUACGGUAACUGACAUGUGCGAUCGGAAGGAAUCAGAUUUAGUUGAGGCCAUGAAUAAAGCAGUAGGAUUCCGUGAUUUAUUAACGAAGCUGAUAAAUUGGAUAGCAGAAACGGAAGCUGAAAUAUUCAAGUUAAAUCUUGGUGCUGGCGCAUCGUCUAGUGAUAUUGGAAAUGAGUUUACUGCUCUGGGUGAUUUGCGUUCAUUACUGGACGAAAAAGCUCUGGAGAAAGAACAGUUGAAUCAACUAUAUGCAAAUCUUUGCGUUGGUAGUAAUGCACAGCAAUCUGCAAACAUCAGAGCUUCAGUCAAUGACCUGAAUACUCAGUGGAAUAAAUUAUACACAUUGUUAAACGAACGUCAACAAAAGGUGGAAAAAGCGUUGUUGGAAAUGGGGCAGUUUUCGCAAGCAUAUGAACAACUAAUGAUUUGGAUCGAAAAAACGGAGCAUAUUUUAAAUGAAAUCAAUUCUCGACCGGUAACUAUCAAGGAAGUGGAAGUGGAAGUUUGCAAACAUAGAGUAAUACAAAAUGAAAUUCUUGCACAUGAAACCAGCGUUGAUACUUUGAACAGUGCUGCUAAACGUAUCAUUGCUGUUGAUUCAAAUACUGCAAGCUCAACGCAAGCGAUGAUCGAUAAGCUGAAUUCAAACUGGCAUAUGUUGGUCGAUAAAUUAGAAGAUGUUUGGGUGCAGUUGGACGAUGCUCGGAAAGCUGCUGAAAAUUUGGGCGGUGAAGUGGAUCGGUGGGCCAUGUGGCUUCAGGAUAAAGAUGCAGAUUUGUCUCAUAUGAAACCAACAGGUGGUUUACCGGAAACUGCACAAGCACAACUCGAUAAUUUCUUCGUUUUGAAGGCCGAAAUUGAACAGAAUCGAUCGGCACUAGAAGCUCAUUUGGAAGCAGCAACGAAGUAUUUAUCCGAAAGUGAUCGUGAUUCAUGGAUUGCACAACGGGAGGCACAGCUGAUGAAAAAAUGGGUUCAGAUGCAAAACAAGAUUGGUGAUAAGGAGCAGAAGUUGAGAAUUGCACUGACAGAAGCUGAACAGCUACAUUCUUCUAUGACGUCAAUGAAGAACUGGUUAAAUUCGGCAGAAAACUAUUUAGGUUGUUUGGAGCACGUAUCAAGGAUCCCUGAUACUGUGGAAGAGCAGAUUAAUGAACAUACCAAAUUCCAAGCUGAGGUGUCACACUAUCGAGAAUUAAUGAGUGACUUGAACAGCAAAGGCACCAAACUGCAAUAUUAUUGUGAAAAAAAAGAUGCAAUACCAAUCAAGAAUUUGCUUGUUUCGGCUAAGCAUCGUUUCGAGAAAGUUGCUUCGAGGUGUGCCGAUCGAAUGAAACUACUGGAUUUAGCAUUACAGGAAGCACGAUUUUAUUUUGAAUCGCAUGCCGAAGUGAUCGACUGGAUAACUUCAAGGCUUCAAUGGAUUAGUGAUCAAUAUGCACAGACGGCAUCCUGUGAUCGGUUGCGAAGUGACCUGGAUAAGCAUCGAAAAUUCCAGCAUGAAUUGACGAAACAACAAACAGUGUACGAAGCAACGUAUAAACGAGGUAAAGUACUUUCGGAGCAUGCACCACGUAAAGAGCAGGCGGGAAUCGAUCUGAUGAAUGAACUAUUGAAAGAGAGGUGGACUCAGCUUGUUAAUGCUACACUGCAAAAACAGCGAUCAAUCGAGGAUGCGUUGUUGGCAUGUGGACAAUUUGAUGAGGCGUUGUCUUCACUUCGAGAAUGGCUCGAAAAGUCUUUACCUAAUUUGCAAAAUAUGGAAACCAUUUCGGUGUAUGGUGAUUUGGAGACAGUAAACAAAUUAUGCGAUAAGCAUAACGAAUUAAAGGAACAAAUAGAUGCUCAUCGGGAUACGUUGAAUUCGGUGAAGGAGCGUGCGCAGCAGAUGUUAAGAAAAGAAAUGGAUGAUUCGUUGGGUGGCCUGAAAGAGAAGGUGGAAAAAGUGAGUGAGGACUGGGUACUUCUAGAGGAACUGGCAAGAAGAAGAGAGGAAAAACUGAAAAUUUCUUACGACAUUGCCAAAAAUUUCAAUUAUGAAAUUCACGAAUUUUUGGAUUUUCUACCAAAGAUUGAAGCAAGACUGAGGACAAAGAGUCAAAUGGCCGAAGGCGAAAAUGAGAUUUUGGAACAAAUGGAUGAAGUAGCACAGCUGCAUAAAGAAAUGGAUGACAAAAAGCCAUUAAUACAGUCUAUCAAGAAAGCUGGGGAGGAUAUACAGUCCAAAUGUCAUCCAUCUGCGGAACAACCAAUGAAGUACUGGUUGAAAGUGUUAGAAAAUCGAUGGGAUGAAGUAACGAAUGCAAUUGAUAGCAAGAGGGAUGAUUUAGCGAUGCAGCUUAGUGAACUUCGCGGUAGAGAGAAAAUGAUCGUUGAUUUGCUGGAAUAUAUUGAAGAAAGAAGUACCGAAUUAAAGGUGUUAAAUGAGACAUCGUUGCCGUACGAAAUAAGUGCCCUUAACAGGCUUACUGAGAACCACGAACAUUUCGAAAAAACUUUACGGGAAAAACAAGCACUAAUUGAUGAAGCAACAAGGAGUCGACGGAAAAUGCUAGCUGUCGAGGAGAAAGUGAAAAAGAAGAGUGGAAAAGCACUUCAAAGGCAUGAACACCGCAUACGGCAUCCUAAGUCCGAUCAACUAUCCAGUAGAUGGAAAAAACUAUGGAUAGACUCAAUGGAUUACGGCCGCCAAUUGCGCGAAAUGAAAGACUAUUUGGAGGAGGUGAAAAGGCUGGAGUCAUUUUCUUUCGAGGAAUGGCGUGAAAGAUAUUUGGAAUGGACUGAUUCUGGAAAAGCUCGAAUUUCCGAUUUGUUUAGAAGAAUUGAUAAAAGUGGAACUGGACGAGUACCACGAGCUGCUUUCAUUGAUGGUAUCAUAGCAUCCAAAUUUCCUACUACUCGAUUAGAAAUGGAGAAAGUUGCGAACGAAUUUGACAAAGGUGAUAGAAUGAUUGAUUCUAAAGAAUUUAUGGCGAAGCUCCGUUCCGAUUUUUCAAAAAAAUUACCGAUGAAGCAAAAAACGGACAGUGAAAAAAUCACAGAAGAGGUUGUAAGGCAGACGGAACGAUGUAACUGCAUUAAUCGAUAUAAGAUUCAAAAAGUGGGCGAUGGACAUUAUCGCUUCGGUGAAACGCAGAUUAAGCGUAUGGUCCGUAUUCUUCGAUCGACAGUUAUGGUCCGUGUAGGUGGCGGAUGGGUCGCUUUGGAGGAAUUUCUACAUAAACAUGAUCCUUGCAGGGCUAAAGGACGGACGAAUCUCGACCUGCAGCGCAAUUUCUAUGACGAUAUUCGGCCGAAAGAUGCUUACGAUACAAUGGAAACAUUCACCAAAUCAGCCAGGUCAACACCAAGUCGUGAUUCACCAAUUCGUAGUUUUCAGGAAUCACUGUUGCAGUCUCGUUUCCAAGCAACUCCGGGUCCGAUUACAAAAAUCAGGGAAAAGACAGAGCGCAGUAUGCCGAUGUACGUCACUGGACGUUCGUCAACCAUCUAUCGUAAUCCACUCCUUGAUACAUCGAAAUCAAAUAGAAAAUCAAGUGACAUGAAUGGACAAGAUCCAAAAAUAUGGCGGCCAAAUGCAUCAGGCACUCUUUCACUCUUAGGAUCUCAUGGCGAUAUGUUGGAUUUGUCACGACCGGUAAGUCAAAGCUCAGAUGUUUCAGUAGAGGGUGAUCGACCGACACGAAUACCUUCAUUGCGUAGUCGGAAGGGCGUCAAUUGUCGAGCAUCACCUGCACAAACCAGUCCUCAGCCACGCACAUGAAAUGAACUUUUUUUCGUAUUUAUACAAAAAAAAAGCCUUGGGAAAUGAGACAAAUCCCAUUUCCUUACAGUUUCGUUGUAAUUUUAUUUUUCUUGUAAUUUAAACAGUAUGAACGCGUCUGUCUUACUUUUUAUUUUUCGUACAUAAUUAGCGAGUCACUUAUUUGUGUUAUCAUUUCCAGAGGAUCUUCUUUAUCAUCGUUGCAGUUCUUUUCUCUUUCGCAUAUCUAGGUGAUUGUCCCGGUAUCUCUGCCUAUGCCUAUCACACAGACUAACAUAUUUCAUUACGGUCUUGUAACUAAAUAACCCCCUUCCUUUUCUGCAUAUUAAUCGAAAUUUGAAGAUAUUUAUAAAUCAUUAUCUGUACAAUGCUAUUGAUAGACUUAGUCAACGUUCGAAGCUGUUUCACGAAGCGCUGGCAACAUAGAGCAGACACAGGAUAGCCUUCGAGCAUCCCUUCCAAUAAGUACUGUAAGAUGAAGAGGUUUACUGCUACUUUGUUAUUUGAAAAGUGUUUAUGAACCGGAAGUGACAGUUCGCCUUUUGGCGAGAAUAUGUCAUGAUCCUGUCAACUUUUCCGCAUGUAAGGAUUGUUUUGUAUCUUUUGUUUCUAAAUGCUAAUUGGUUACUGUACUUGCUGUUCACUACUCAUUAAAAUCAUUUCAAC